AUGACAGAAAAGCGUAAUUUAAUUGCUGUUAUUGCAGACGAGGAUAGUAUUACCGGUUUGUUAUUAGCAGGUAUUGGACAAGUAACACCGUCAACACAAGAGAAGAACUUCUUUGUAUAUAACGAAGGUGUAACUACUAGGGAACAAAUUAGUGAAGCAUUUGAGAAGUUUACGAAGGUUAGAGACGAUAUUGCAAUUGUGUUGAUUAAUCAACACGUAGCAGAUGAAAUUCGAGUACAAAUUGAUAACUACGCAGAACCAUUUCCUGCUAUCCUAGAAAUACCAUCUAAAGACCACCCAUACGAUCCUGAGAAGGAUACAGUCCUGAGAAGGGUUAAACGAUUAUUUGGUGAAUAA